AUGAUUUUAAUAAAGAUAACUGUACUUGCGGUUUUGUGCGGUGUAACGUAUGGAUCAGGAAUCCAUGAAGCUCAAGCUGGAGUCGCUCCAAUUGUGACAGCUGCAAGUUCUCAGUAUUUCGAAAGGAUUUUCAAUCGUCUGGUAGCUGCUCCAGUCCUGGGGCAAGUUCCAGUAGCGCCAGUACUUCCAGCACCGCCUCAAAUUAUACCAGUGUCCGCACCCCCUCCAAUCAUAGUGGAAGCAACAAGGAGCACAGUGUUACCAGCACCACCGACAAGCCCACCUCAAAAUCAGCCCACUGAUCCAAACGUAGCUAUUGCCGUUGCAAAUGCAAAUGCCGCUGCCGCUGCACCAGUUGCAACCAUCCUUUUGCCUCCCUAUCCAUUUGGAUUUCCCCCUGGAUUCAACUUCAUUCCACAACCAGUAGCCAACUUCCCUACUGAUAAACCCAGUAAGGAGUCUACUACGCAGUUUGGCCAGAAAACGUUCAAAACAACUACUCCUAGAGAACAAGAAGUAACUACACCUGUGCCAUCUAAUAUCGACAACAGCUUUGUUCAAGCGCUACCAACAAACGAGAAUUCGUAUGUGUUUAGAGAAUAUCUUGCGCCCCAACCUCCUCCACAAAUACCACAAGGAUCAUUUCAACAAGUACCAAGUCCUCAGCAAUUCCCUCUACCAGAUAAAAAACCACAAAAAUUUAAGACAACAGUGGAAGUGGUUCCAGUACCUCUAACAUAUAUUGCGCCACCACCGGAAAGCCUACACCACCAUCAUCAUCACAAUCCGCAUCACCAUCAUAGCUUGGAGUUGAAAGCGGUUCCACACGUUCAUACGUUUAUACCAAAGACGAAGAUAAUAAUAAUAAGGCCGAAGUUAGAAGCCUACAGAGUAUUAAGAGUUCCGGCACGCUCUGUUCUAUACAAGGCAAAGUAUAGGAAUUCUCCAAAAAGAAUAACCAAGAGCCCACAGCCGUAUAACCGCGAAAUUGAACCAACUACUUUCAGACCCAUUAAUCGGCCCUUUACCAAACCACCAAGACUAUAG